AUGAUCCGCCUGCGAAGCUGUGCCCUGCGCUGGGCUCUGCUGGGCGCUGCGACCCUGGUGCUUCUGUACCGAGCCAGGACCCGCUACAGCCGGGGGAGCUUCCCAAGCUUUUCCUACAGGGAUCCUCUCGGCGCUCGCCAGCCCGGAGCCAGAGCCAUGACAGCGCAGGCACCGGAGACCCCGCUGGGCAGUAGGGCCCCCAGCGCCACGCUGCAGCCGUUCUUGGGGGACCUGUAUGGCCGGGACGAGACGUAUCGGAGCUCGAGGUGCCCCGGUGGCAUCAGGAAGAGGAUCGCAAGCACCAAGUUCAGCAACGUCUUCCUGGAGGCCAUCCCGGUGCUGCAGUGGGCCCGGCAUGCCCGGCUGGCUGAGUAUCGACGCCUGCGGAGCUACGGGGGGGCCCACGGCUGGCAGGAGGUCAGCUGGCCCGUUGUGAGGGACGCGCUGACCCGUCUCAACACGUCGGCCAAUGGGUGCAUGUUCGACGCCCGCCCCGGAGCUGCUGCGGGCGUCUCCCCCUGCGUCCGCUGCGCCGUGGUGGGCAACGGUGGCAUCCUGAACGGGUCCCGGGCAGGGGCUGCGAUCGACCGGCACGACUACGUCUUCAGGGUCAACGGGGCCCUCACCAAGGGCUUCGAAAGAGACGUGGGCCACAGGACCUCCUUCUACGUCUUCUCCACUAACACCAUGAUGAACUCGCUGCAUAACUACGCCAGCGACGGCUUCCGCCAGCCGCCCCAGACUCUGGAAACCAAGUACAUCUUCCUCCCGGACCACGACCGAGAUUACCUGCUGCUCCGGGCGGCCCUGACCCACCGCCCUGUCGACAGAGGCCCAGAUGAGGGUGCUCGGCCGGAGCGAUACUUCGGGAAAGACCUGCGGGCGGAGAAGUUUAAGAUGUUUCACCCGGAUUUUAUCCGCUACGUCAGGAACCGGUUCCUUCGCUCCGGCAUUUUGGACCCCCCGCAGCGGAGGCUGUACCGUCCCUCCACCGGGGCAGUGAUGCUGUUCGCUGCCCUCCACACCUGCGAUGAGGUGAGCGCUUACGGGUUCAUCACCCCCGACUACCAGGCCUACUCCGAUCACUACUUCGACCUGACGCACAAGGCCCUGGUGUUCUAUGCCAACCAUGACCUGCAGCUGGAGAUGAGCCUGUGGCAGGAACUGCACCAGAGCCGGCUCCUCACGCUGCACAUGAGACGCUGAAGGUCGGGACCGCGCUGGGCGGUGCAGAGCGAAGGCACUGACGCACCGGCUCAGGCCGGGACCUGCCUGGUGGGGCGCUGGGGCAGAGUCGCUGGCACUGCACUGGGAACAAACCCUCCGUCAAGCGUGAAGCUGGGACCUAGACCUCAGGGAAGGAAAAGCCCCGUUGGACUGUCCAGCUGUCGCCCCACCGUGCCCAGGGCAGGACGCUGUGAGCUGGGCUCGUGCCUACGCCAUGAGUGGAAUGAGUUUGUCAGGCCUCGCCGUGGCUUCGCAGCAGACGGAAAGGUGCCUGGUUGCUUGGGGAGGCAUCCUCCUGCACUGGGCGACGCUGCCCACCGCCACCUGCCAGCCCCAGGGCGGUUCCCACCCAGAGCAGAGUCGUCACCUGACUGACCAUCCCUGGAACAAGUCCAGGCUGUUGCUUUCUGGCGGGGGGAGGCGAACGGGGCUGAAUGCAGCUGCGGGGGCUGCGUAGCUUGCAGAACGGCUCGUGAGAAGGGGGCUGCGCGGCAGCCCUGAUCCAGCAGAGCCUGGAGUGAACUGGCGCCAUGAGCAGGCCUCUGGGCUGUAACACUGCUCGCUGGGUCCCCGAGUUCCCUCCAAGCGUCCCUCCCUGCUGCUGCUGCUGCUGAGAAUUGCCUACUACAGGAGAGUGCCUGGCCCCCCAGGCAGGGAGCCCCGGCAUUCGAACUCCCCGCCCUGAAUAACCGGGGAAUGGGGGAGUUGGUAAGUCCUGUUACAAAGCAGAGCGACGCCUCUGGCUCCGGGAUUGUCCGUCCCCAAAUUCCAGCCAGCCUUGGGGGUGAGAUCCCAGCGGUGUGGCAUGAGUCCCUGCUGCAAUACAGAGAGCGUCCCUCUUGGAGCCAGAGCGUCCUUUGUCUAACCAAUAGCCCCCCUUCUCCCCCAGCCAGCCCCAUCCUGAACCGCCAAAGAAGGGGCCUCUACCCACGUAAAAGGAAGGGCAGUCUGAGAGCGAGGGAUGUCCUGACUCAGGAGCAUUGGCUAGGUGCCUUUCCUUCUGUGCCUCGGUUUCCCCAUCUGUAGAAUGGGAGUGGGCACUGCUCAUUAACAAUGGGCUCUGCUCCCCUCGGGCAGCAGGGUGGGGCUGGCACUGCCAGCUCACAGCUGGGCACCGGGUGGGCUACGCAGUGCCAGUGGAACUGCCUUCGCCCGCCCUCCCUUUCUGACAGGACUGAGCUGCCCUGGCAUCCAGGGCAGAGCAACACCGCGCCAGCCGCCCUUUGUUCCAGCAGCAUUAAUCAGAGCUAACUCCCCGAUGCGCCCUGGGUGCUGCAGGCUCUAAAUCAAUUCAUCAUGUGAAAUCUGGCAUGGCGGAGGGGUGAGGGGGGGAGCAAUUCCCCUCCUGGUGGGAGUCAACCCUUGCAUGGCCAAGGCCAUGAUCCCAGGGCACCUUCCCCUCCUCACCCCGGUGCUCUGUGCUGCCCCUGGCGCUCUGUGCUGCCCCCUCACCCCGGCACUCUGUGCUACCCCUCACCCUGGUGCUCUGUGCAGCCCCCGACACUCUGUCCCCGCCGGCUGCUGGCGUUCAUGCGGCCAUGCACUGGAGCAGGGACGCGGCUCCUGCACCUUGCCUAGCGCUUUCAAGCCUCUCCCUUUGGGGGAGGAGUUCGGCUGCGCUUCACUUGGGCAUCUACAAUCCCCGGGCCGGAUUCCCAGCUGCUGUGAACAGCUCCCUGGAUGGGACAGCGGCUCAGGCUCCAGCCCUCCCCCGUUCUCUUUGCAUCGUUUUUUAAAUGUGACUUGAACUGUAGCGAGAUCAUUGUACCCCCAGGCAUUGUGAUCUCCACCUGCUCCAAGCCAGCCGGCCCCAGCCAGUCCUGGCGCUAGCUUGGGGGCUCUAGGUACAGGUUCCCUUCUCGGGUUGGGGCUUCCAGAUCAGUUUGGAGUGGGCCAGAAGUCCUGCAACCCCACCCAGCCCUGCUAGCUCGGGAAGACCACAGUGGUGGGCCCACAGCGGUGGGCACAAUGUAAUUGGAUGGCCGAUGCUGGCGUAGUUUUGGAUCGUAGGCUCAGCCCUGCCUUUUCAUGGCAGCGUCUCUCCGUCCCGUGAGCAGCAGCGUUGGCUAACUUCUAGGCCGAUGCCCAGUUCAGACAUGAAUAAAUGGGCUAAGUUAUACAACAGAUUCUGUAGCUUUAUCCUGGCUGGCUGCCUGGGACCCUCGGUGGAGAUGGAGCCUGAAUCGCAGGGCGGUGAGCCAGCUGUCUGCAGGGCUCCCGGGUCUGGUUUGCAGGCAGUAGCCCGGGCCCCUGGCGGGGAGGUCGGUCGGUCCAUGGACUCCGUCCUCACCCACAGGUCUCCUAUUCCCUUUGAUGGGAGUCGUGUGCACGGAAAGGCAGCCGCGUCUGUCCUGCUAGAACGGGGCCAAGUGCUUCUUUGGGAUGUUUCCCUCGAGGGAGCCAGGCGUCACUCAGCAAUGGCUUUAGCCUUUCCUGCUGGCUGACCCCCGCUCCCGUCUGCUGGCGCAGGCUUGGGGCAUGGCUGCCCCCUCUGGUCCAUGCGGCCCGGGGAAGGAGUGCAGCAGGUGUGACGUUAUGAGUGUAAUACAAUAUCUCAUUGAAAGGUGACAGGG